AUGGAUAAUUUUCAAGAUUUUGAUAUGGAAAGUGCUACACUUACACCAAUGAAUAGUACAGUACCUAACGACAUUUCUGUAUUUGGAAAUGAGGGCAUAAUUAAUGUACCUCAUAUUUCAGAAAAACCUGUAAGAGUGUACGAAAUGGAAAGUGGUGAGGAAAUGGCAUUUCCUUGGCUCUUCCCAUGUGAAGAUGACAAUUUCAUGGGACAAGUCUUAGAGAAUCAUAUUCCUUCUAAUGAUAGUAUUGCUGGAGGGUUAACAAACUUGUUGAUGGUGUCUGUUGGAGCAAGAUUUAUGCUUAUGAGGAAUAUUAAAACUGAAAAUGGUUUGGUUAAUGGAGCUAUUGGAACAAUUGUGAAUAUUACUUUUACAAAUGACAAAGAUAAGCCAUCAUGUAUAUAUGUGAAGUUUGAUGAUCCUAAAAUUGGAAGAUCUCAGGAAUCAUUAGACGAAACAGUGACAGUAACCUUAAAGGUUUUAAAGAAAUCAAAAGAACUUCAAUCCUAUUUCAACAAAUCGUCAAACAAGACCAUGCAUUUUUUUAACAUAAUUGGUGGAAAAGGCACUGAAGUUUACAAAAUCAGAAUAUAUCAAAAAGCAAGGUUUGACAUGAUCAAGGAGGGGAUGACCUUUAAAUUUCAAAAUGCACUGAAGAAAACGAGCACUGAUUUGUGGAUAACUUCGAAAAGUGUUAUUGCAUAUGCAGCUUCAGUUGAAACCAGUCAAGAAGUAGAUAUACCAACUCUACCUGAAAAUUCUCCAGCACAAGGAGAGCCAAAACCACUUAAGGAUGCACUGCAAUCACCAGACAAAUCACAAGUUACUGGAAAGAUAUUCAAGGUUUCACCAUUGAAGUAUCGGCAAGAAGGUAGUUUAGCUGUGAAAUCAAUUAUGAUAAAAGACAGCACCAGUGUGGCCAAAGUUUGCUUAUUUAACAAGAAUGUCUUGAGUCCAUUUAAUGUUGGGGACACAGUAAAAGUCACAAAUGUUUAUCCCAAAGUGUUUCAAACACGAAAACAGCUAACCACUUGCCCAACAUCUUCCUGUGAGUUUGUUGCUGACAACAAUGUACAAUUAGGUGAAGAAGAUAUGGAUUGUGCAAACUUAGAUCCAGAUUUCUCAGAAGAACUUGAAAAUACUAUGCCUGAAGAAAUUGUUCUUACUGACUUCACUGAUGUAGAUGUUUACAUCUGUUGUGACAAUGCAGCUUGUAGACAGAAAAAAUAUGUAGACAGAGAGUGCCCAGUAUGCAAACGGACCAGCAGUAUUAAGAAAACAUUUAGAGUAACAUUCCUCUUCAAAAAAGGAGAAAAACAAGAUCUGAAGACAACCGUUUUUAAAAGCAUGCUUGAUAAUAUUUUACAAGAGGAGCUGAAAGUUGAUACUAAAGAGGAACUCAUUCAUAUGUUGAUUUCGAGGCUGCCAAUCAGAUUCAAAUCUUGCAUCAGUGCAAACAACACCUUUUACAAUAUCACAAAGUGA